CGGUGUUUGGUUCAGCGGAAUUUUGAAGUGAAUGCGUUGCAGCUAAGUUUAAUCUCCAGUCAUAUUAAUUGGAGGGUGAGGAUAUAGGCUAUAACCAGGUGUAAUUGGAAAUAUGGUUACUUCUGUUUUACUUGGGACUGAACCUGUGAUCAAAACGCAAUGAUAUUUGUAUAUACCAACGACUGUGUGACUGACUGAGCAAAGGCGCUUAAUUUUUGCGCUUACUGACCAUUUAAAUCAAGAACCAAUACAAACACUUCACGCUUUACACAUAUAAUUCUAUAAUUCUCGGAUUAUGCUUCGAAGACUGGAAUUAGCACCACCAUCGAUAUUUUGGUACUAGUGAUUCUCAAAACCUAUAUUUUUUAGGAAAAAUAUUUUGGAGAAUUCUCAUUUCAUCUUACAGGAACGCGUACGCGGGAAAAUCUUUACAAGUGUAGGAUAAUUCGUUUUGUGGCUGACAAAAUUUAGGAUCACCGGUAUAGAAUAGUUCUGAAGGCACCGAAUAAUUCAAUUUAUGGUUUGUUUUAUCCGCGUUUUCACUUGUACUUUUUUUCUAGAGGUUGCUGUAUCUCAUAAUAAAAACGAAAUUGAAUUCUUUUGGAAAGAAGUAAACCUAAUUUGUAGUAGCGUUGAAGGAAUCGACAACGAGACCGCGUUUCAUCAUUUGUUUCACAAGCUAGAAAGGAAAGCUUUUCAUUUUUGGGAAAUGGAAGAUAAAAGUGGCAAUAUUACCAAUGAAAAACUCCGGCAAAUAUUCAACUUUCCUUUCAAAGAAAGAGAAGUUAACCACUACUUUUGCUUCUUUAUCAGCGGAAGAGAAUCACGUCCUGGAUGGAUGUACUUGACGAUGAAUUAUCUCUGCUUUUAUCCUAAUAUAUAUGGAAAUAAGAUAUGCAUACCAUGGAUACACAUUAUUUCUGUUUUUCAGUCAUGGUUGCGUAUACCAAAAAGCAUUUGUGUGCGCACACGUAACAGUGUGUAUCAUUUUGUAAUCCCUGCGGGUUCAGACGAAGCAUUUCAUAUGAUCUUACAUUUGGCCAAUUAUGGUGUCAGGCAGCUACUAGUGGAUGACUGUUAUACAAGUUGGUCACAUUUCGAUUUAAAUCUAAAGACCCUACUUACUCAGGACUCAUCAAAUUUAUGGGAGAAAUUAGAUGUUCUGAUAUGUAGUCAACAUUAUCAAAAUUUAUUUCAUUUACCUGCCUAUGAAAUAUUAGAUAUAUCUGUUGACUGUAAAUUACACAAUCCAGACAAUAAUGAACCUUUGUCUGGAAAGUUAUUUAUAUCUGCUCAAUUUAUCUGUUACAAUUCACUGACAGAAGAUACUAAAAUUAUUCUCCCUCUACAUGAAGUAGUAUCAGCUGAAGCUUUUCCACAGAAUAAUUCACCUGCUACUGGAGGUGUUCUCAUCAUAACCAUUGACAAGGUGGUGUACAUAUUUACUGAUAUGGUUGCUUAUGAAGAAAUUCUUCAGAAAAUUGGCUCUAAUCUGGAAGCAUCAAAAGGACCUAGAUCUGAUGUCUCGGGUGUUAUUAUUGACUGCUUACCAGAUUCAUUCAACACUUCAGUAGAAAUUUCACAGCCCUAUUAUAAUGCUAGUAGCAAUGCUGUUCAGUCUAAAUUAUCAAAUGUUUCUGGAUGCUUUGCCAGUCGUUAUUCACAUGGGAAUCGUUUAGGUUCAGUGGAUCCAGAUGCUGAAAGUAAAAGACUUGAUAACUGGAAGGCAUACUUUGAAGAAUAUGGUUCUGGUGUAUCAAUGCGACGAAAUGAACGUCUCAAGGAGCUUGUUUUAUGCGGAUUACCUGAAGCGAAACGUGGACGUUUAUGGAUGAUUUUAAGUGGAGCAGAAAGUGAGAUGUAUGCCAAUCCAGGUUAUUAUGAUAAAUUAAUUAAAGGUAUUCAAGGCUGUAAUAAUUUUGUAAGUGAAGAGAUUGAACGAGAUCUGUAUCGAUCAUUCCCAGAGCAUCCUGCUUAUCAUACACCGGAAGGUAUUGAAUCACUUCGGCGAGUGUUAACAGCCUAUGCUUAUCGUAAUCCUAGUGUAGGCUACUGUCAAUCAAUGAAUAUAGUAGCCAGUGUUCUAUUACUCUAUAGUACAGAAGAACAAGCCUUUUGGUUAUUGACAGCAAUUUGUGAACGCCUUUUGCCUGAUUAUUAUGAUAGUCGUGUAGCUGGUGUACGUGUUGAUCAACAAGUAUUUCAUGACUUGGUUGUUGAAUAUAUCCCAGAAUUAAAGUCUAUUCUGCAUACAUCCACACAAGACAGCAUGAAGUAUGAUUCAGGACGGCUGAAAAAUACUUCAACAACUCCUGAGCAUGGUUAUUCUGCGUAUUCUUCGCCUUCUUCUACUUUAUAUGAUGGUGGAUCAUCAGGAACAGGUUUUAGUCCACCGAUGAUUCGAUCUUUAGGUUCAGAACUAAUUAGUAUGCUACCUUUAAGCUGGUUUUUAACCUUAUUUCUCAAUACUAUGCCUUUCAAGUGUGCUGUAUACGUGUUGGAUUUUUUCUUCUAUGGUGGUGCUCGGGCCAUUUUUCAAAUUGCCUUAGAAGUCCUACGUCAGCAUACAUCAAUUAUAAUGAAAGCUGUUGGAAGUGAUGAUGACAGUUGUGUAUUAACUCAUCUCACUACUUAUUUUGAACAAUUACGUCAUCAAGAUAAUACAAAUGAAAAGAAUCCACCUACAACAACAACAUCAUCAUCCACAUCUUCAUUAAAUAUUACCGAUAAAAAUGAUCAAAAUAAUAAUCAUAAUAAUAAACAAAAAUAUCCAACAACACCAACAAAAAAUUCGUCGAAUCCUACUCUCGUGUCAUUAUAUGAACCUAUACAUAAAUUGUUAGCAUCAGCUGAUCGAAAUUUCAACAUAUCUAAUGAAUUAAUUGAUAGAAUGCGUCUGCAAUGUCGACCUAAAGUAAUUCAAUCACUUAGUGAUUAUACAUCAAAAGAAGUUAUGCGUAGUAUGGAACGUGAACUUCCAGGAGAUUUAAUACCAUUGUUUGAGUGUUACAGAGAUCAUUAUAUUCUUUCCAGAUAUGAAAGAAUGCAUCAAACAGCACCAGCAAUUACUCAUAAUGAUACAAAUAAUCCUAAUCGUCCAGCGUAUGAUGUUCAUCGUAUUGAUGCACAUCAAUUUAGCAGUUUAUUUCGUGGAUUAGUUCCAUGGGGUACUGUUGCAUCACAUUUAUGCUUUCCAUGUUUUCGUUUACUCGAUGAAGAUGAAGAUAAUUUAAUUAAUUUUAAGAGUUUUGUCUGGUUAAUGCGAUGUAUCUGUGGUCAUGAUAUAAACACAAAACUACGCCUAUUAUUCUUAUUACAUCGUCCACCAUACUGGCUACAAUCUGAUAAUAAAUUAAAUGAUUGUAAAUGGAAUUUCAUUCUAUCAACACCAUCAUUUUCACCUAGUCAUAAUAUUAUUCCAUCAAUUGAACAAAAUGAUGAAAAGGAUAGUGUCAAUUCGCAUUCAUGUGAUACAAGUACCACGAGUAGUUAUCAAAUCUAUUCAAAGUCGGAUUUUGAUACAGUUGAAAUUGGGACAGAUUUAAUUGCUGAAGAAUAUGAUCAACAACAGUCAGUAGAGAAUCAAAAUGAAAGUAGUGCUAGUAGUAGUGGUAGUGGUGUUAGUUACAGUAAUACAAUUUCUAAAGAAAAUAAUUCCUCUGAACCUCUAACAUCUUCAUGUAAGCCAGAAAAAGCAAAUGAAAUUCAAUUGACAAUUGCUGAUCCACUAGGAUUUAUUAGUAAUAAAUAUAGUUCAAGAGAUUUAAGUGAACAUUUAUCACUGAAUUAUAGUCAAUUUCAAUGCUUAAUUGAGAGUAUACGAUCAAUUGUAGAAAGUGAAGAAGAAGGGAAUAAAGAAGAAGUCUUAGAAUCUGUAAAUUGUUUGUUUUUAGAAUUAUUUACACAAGAAUUACAAAAUAUCGAACGAUCCAAUCAUAAUGAUGGUUAUAAUAAUACUACAGAUAUCGCAAGCCAAUGUAAUGAUCGACGUCCUAGUGUUGAAACUAUGAUUGAAUCCUAUUGGCGAUUAAAAUUAUAUGAUUUUCAAAAAGCUUUUUGGAAACAAGUAUUAUUACGUAAUUAUUUUUGUAAAGAAUUAUCUAUUGAAGAACAAUGCUUAAAAUUUCGUGAAUGGCUUUAUUGUUCAUAAGUUUGCCUACCAUAAACCUGCCUACACACACACACGCAUCCACCAGGGAGAAUUGAGUAGAGGUAGGCAGGCAGUGAGAGAUAGAUAAUCGUGAUUUCCUUUACCUAUUUUGUCUUUUCCUCCUUGUUCACUACUGUUUUUUGUCAUAUAUAUAUAUAUAUAUUCAUUCGUUCCGACAUAACAUCAUGAAGAGAGACCUAGGGAGAAGAUACAUUUCCAUUCUAUCCUGCUUUAUUCCCGUGUUUGUAUGUGUAUUUGUUUGCACGAAGAGAGCUUAUUUUUGGUUUUUUUUCAUUCAUUGUACGCAGUGUGCUAUCGGCCCCUCCUUUUUCAGUGGGAGAACGAAUUGUGAUAAUGUUGUGCGAUUUUGGCCUUUAUUGUCGUUUCGUUGUUAUUCUUGUUGUUGUUGGUGUCGUUGUACACAGGGAUAUGUGGUGGUGUUAGUGUUGGUGUAAAGCUUUACACUGCUUUCCUUUAUGUGCUGCUGGUCUCCUGCUGGUCAUCUGUUUUUUCCCUUCCUGUUUUCUCUGUUUUUUUUCUUAUUUGAAACAACCCGGUUAUGAUUAGCGUUUGUCUCUUUCUUUUCUCCCUACCCUACCUAUUUUGACAGUGUUUUUUUAUUUCUUCUUUAUGUGAUCUUGUUUGAUGAACACAUGAUGACAAGUCUGUGUUUUUUUAAUAUACUACUACGCCUACCAUCAGUAGUAAUAACACUAGUGUGUAAUAUCGCUAAACAAAGAGGUUGGGUGUGGGAUGGAUAAAGCAUCGAAGAUGAUUCAGCGCUAACUUUCUUCAUGCUAAACGUAUGAAUUAUCUACAGUUUUAAUUAUUGAAUGGAUGAAUUAAUUAAUUAUUGUUUUAUUUUUGGUUUUCAUUUCUUUUUUAAUUGUUUAACUUAAUAAUUAGAUAUUGUGAUUGAUUUAAUUCGUUUUUGUCCAUUUAUUUAUGUUUUUUACUACUCAUGAUAUUCAUUAGUCACAGUAAGAUUGUUUUGUUUUAUUUCUUUAUCAUUAUUAUUUUUAUUCUUAUUGUGUGACAGUGGGAUUGUUUUGUUUUUCCCUCAAGAUUUCUUCCCAAUACUUUCGAAUCUCCAUCAUAAAUUAUUAUUAUUAUUAUUACUAUUAUCAUUAUUUUCAUAAGGGCAUUGUAAUUGAAUUAUGUAUUUACUUAUAUGCUCUUUUAAUAAAAUUAAAAUUAAUCCCUCUGAGGAUGACUACAGAGAGUAAAUUGUGCGUCGUUGGUUCAGUGUGGUAGGAAUGCUGUGGAGGGUCUGAGUUCGGUUUUCGGUUGAUACACCCCUUAAACUACCGCCUAAUUUACAAAUUUAUAGUUAGCUUGGAAAAGAGGGAUGGUUGGGUAUGAGGCUAGUAACUGUAAUGCUAGAUGUAUGAUACUGUCUAUAUACUAUUGGCUGAUUGACAUGAGUAGUUAAACACUAUUCAUACCAAUGAUUAGUGAUGUAAACACCGG